AUGCUUCGGAGGGCAUGGCGUGCUGGUGGCAUUAUUGCCAUAGCAGGAGGCUCUUUUCUACUUGGAGCACGAUAUGCAAACGAAUGCCCAUUGAGGAGCGCACAGGCUGCCACUGCAGUAUCACCUGUUCCCACUUUGCCACCGCUGCAGUUGGAACCAACAGAACCCGCUAAGCCUAGCUUCGAUCCGAUGGGUCCUUCUCGUGCCUCGGAAAUUAUGCGUUAUGGAUUCCCUGGCUUCGACAAUUUGCGCACCUUCGAAGAUUUUGUUUUAUCGUACGAUCGCAAAACACGGACAGCUCAUUGGGUUUGCGAACACUUGACCCCGACGAGGCUUAUUUAUGAUCCGUCAGUGGAUCGAUCGAAGUGCGAAUUCCGUCCAGAUCCCAGCAUACAUGAAUAUUUCCGAUCUGACAACACUGACUACAGGGGAAGUGGGUACGAUCGAGGACAUUUAGCUGCAGCUGGAAACCAUCGUAAAACGCAGAAAUCUGUUGAUCAGACUUUCUUGCUCACAAAUAUGAGUCCACAAGUUGGGCGAGGCUUCAAUAGGGACAAAUGGAAUGACUUGGAGCGCUAUGCGAGAAAAGUCGCAAAAAAGAGCUUGAAUACCUACAUAUUGACUGGGCCUCUUUAUCUUCCUCAUAAGGCAGAAGACGGGAAUAAUUAUAUUAAGUACAAGGUCAUAGGAACCAAUAAUGUUGCUGUCCCGACACACUUCUUCAAAGUAAUUCUAGCUGAGACUUCUCCUGGAAAUUUUGAAAUGGAGUGCUUCGUGCUUCCAAAUCAGGUCAUCCCUGAUACCACGGAGCUUUCCACGUUCUAUGUCCCACUUGAGAUGAUCGAGAGAUCCGGUGGUUUUCUGAUUUUUGACAAAUUACCAAAAGACAAGUUGAAGAAAGUGAAUGGAAAGAAGGUCGGCGGCUUUUGGUAG